GUACAUCCUGUAUGAGAAGCAAAAACCCGAACAGAGCUCUGCAAACGCAUUUUUAGCCAACUUAUCUUUUCGGAUUUACACCUGAGAGAUUCAGUUAUUUGGCCAUAAAGUUGAGGUUCUGAAAGGAUGGAAGACACAUUGCUAAAGAUGUUUGUUGUGGUCGUCAGUCUGCUCCUCUCAAAGGAUCACACUGUCUUUCACGACCAGGAUGACGACAUCAUGGUGAGCAUGCAAAACCAUGAGCAUUUUCUAUUGGAGGAGGGGGCAAAGCUAGAACAAGGGGAGCACAUUGUUGCCAUGGAGCUGCCACAUUCAAAUCAGGAAGAGUCACAAAGUCGUCGCAGGGUGCCGAGAGGAGAGGGGGACACAUCAGAUGUUCAACGAAUUAUGCCAAAUGUCAAGACCACGGUACUGCACGAGGAGCAAAUGUCCCCAGUGGGAGAACAAAAAGACUUCCGCCAAAAGGCAUUUGCACCAGAUGACCAGGGAAUAUUGGAUAUUGACACAGACAAACUGACGCUGCAUAUGUCAAAGGGAGACCUAACACAUGAGCAUGUCAGUGUGGACCAGAAUGUCUCUCAGGGGGAUGCCGCACACCCGGAAAUACCACAAACUGGCCAGAUUGACACCCAUCAUGAACAUCAAGUUAAUCAGGGAUUACUCAUCAACCCAAAAAUACCAACUUCGAGUCAAAGACUGACAACUGUAACUCAAUCUAGUGACCAAGAGGACACCUACAGUUGGUACCUUUGGAAGACACUCUCCUUGAUUUCAUUUUUCCGUAUUUUAAAAAACUUGCUCAGAAAGGGUUCUAAACUGCAAAGGAAGAUGCUGAGAUGCCUGAACAUCUCCCAAAUUUCAGAUUUUGAUUCCAAGACCUUAACUAACUUCCAUAACAACUGUAUCCUAGUUCCACUCAGUCACAGUUGGCAAACUUGUGAGUUUGUAGAGGGUUUUGUAAAUGACCUGCUAGAAGCUGUGAGGACUAUAGGUUCAGACAUGGAGAUUGAGGACUUUGUUGGCGUUGGGAGUUUAUACGAGCAAUGGGCUUUAAGGAAGAGCAUGGUGUGUGACUUACAUGUACUCAUAAUCCCUCCAAAGCCAUAUAGCUUCGAGUUUGAGGUUUUGAAAGAAAGUAGAGGUUCUUCUUCCAGCCAGUACUGCUGCAGAGUCAAGAUGGUCAAAGGUGGCGCCAAUUCAACCAUCUGCCCAUCUUGCAGCAAUUCCAACCUAGAUGACGAUACAUUGUGUCUUCUACAUCCAGAUAAAAAAGAAGACCACGUGACUGAAAAGUACAUUAAUGACCUUCUUUGCCAAGAAAAUAGCCCAUAUCUUGCUAAAACGCAUGUUGUGAAGUGGUUUAAGUCAGCUAUUAGGAAAGCAUGGGAUGGGAUUAGUCACAAGUAUGAGUUUGACCUACUAUUCAAGAAUAGAGAAAACUCUGGAAGUCUCAAAGUUCGUUUCAGGUCAGGUCGGGUCAUUCUGUUCAAUCUCACACCUGUGGUCAGAUUUAAAGACUCAGAGGUACAUCUGAUCCCAUAUUCACACUCUGACAUAUUUUCGGACACCCACUGGCCUGUAUGUUUUACACGCUACGAAAACGCCCUUCUUCAACACAUGACCAAAACGCUUCCAGACAACUCAUGCCAUAUUCACUGCCUACAGAUCCUUUCCUUCCUACACAAACACCAGACCGGCCUCACUGGACCAUGUGGGCUAACAAACUACCACUUGAAGAAUGCAGUGUUACAUUUUCUGGUCAACAAAUCCUUAUCUUGGGACCCUGAGCAGAUGGCUUGCAGACUUAAUGAUCUGCUAAAUUUUUUACAGCAGAAACUCAAAGCGAAAUCACUAAACCAUGCUCUGGUUGGGAAUCCUCUUGUUCCUAGUGUUAUUGGACUUCCAAAAGAGUUCGGAGUAGCAAAAACUGUUAACUUGUUUCUGCCUUUCUUAAAUGAAGAGUUGUACUUAAAAACAAGUAGACACUUACUGGAGAUGAUUAGAAACAUGCCAGUGCUGGUAUAUGAAUAUGGAUCAAUGAGAAACAGUAUAUAACUUUUUUUUCU